UCGCCUCUGUCUACCCUCUCUGGUCUCUCCCCGGGUUGCCUGUCUGCCUGCGCUACCAAGUCGCUCUGACCAACCCAGAAAAGAAAAAACAACUUCAAGAUGUCUUUCAGGUCCAAUGUCACCUCCUUCAGGAGUUCUAGCGCCCCAAGAAACUUCAGCAGCAACUCCUAUGCUGGACAAGGCGGUAUCACCUCCCGCAAGACCUACAGUGUGAGGAGUUCCUAUGGAGGAGCAGCCAUGCCGGGCUAUGGUGGGGCCGGAAUCACCAGCAGCUCUGCCUACAGCGUGAGCUCUGCCAUGGGGGGUUCUGGAGGUUUCGGCAUGGGCAUGGGCUUCGGUGGAGGCAUCGCCCAGGCCCCCAUCACCGCCGUCACCGUCAACAAGAGCCUGCUGGCCCCCCUGAACCUGGAGAUUGACCCUAACAUCCAAGUGGUCCGCACCCAAGAGAAGGAGCAGAUCAAGACCCUCAACAACCGCUUCGCCUCCUUCAUUGAUAAGGUCCGCUUCCUGGAGCAGCAGAACAAAAUGCUGGAGACCAAAUGGAGCCUGCUGCAGGAGCAGACCACCACGCGCUCCAACAUCGACGCCAUGUUCGAGGCGUACAUCGCCAACCUGCGCAGACAGCUGGACGGGCUCGGCAACGAGAAGAUGAAGCUGGAGGCCGACUUGCUCAACAUGCAGGGCCUGGUGGAGGACUUCAAGAACAAGUAUGAAGAAGAGAUCAACAAGCGCACAGAGUGUGAGAAUGACUUUGUCCUCAUCAAGAAAGACGUGGACGAGGCCUACAUGAAUAAGGUGGAGCUGGAGGCCAAGCUGGAGAGCCUGACAGAUGAGAUCAACUUCCUCCGGUCCAUCUACGAGGAGGAACUGCGUGAGCUCCAGAGCCAGAUCAAGGACACGUCUGUUGUUGUGGAGAUGGACAACAGCCGCAUCUUGGACAUGGACGCCAUCGUGGCUGAGGUCAAGGCUCAGUAUGAAGACAUCGCCAACCGCACCCGUUUGGAGGCAGAGUCCUGGUACAAGACCAAGUACGAGGAGAUGCAGACAUCUGCUAACAGAUAUGGAAAUGAUCUGAAAGCCACCAGGACGGAGAUCGCAGACCUCAACCGCAUGAUCCAGAGACUGACAUCAGAGAUCGACGCUGUCAAAGGACAGCGCUCCAACCUGGAGGCCCAGAUCGCAGAGGCAGAGGAGCGCGGUGAGCUGGCAGUGAAGGACGCCAAGUCCCGCAUCAGGGACCUGGAAGAGGCCCUGCAGAGAGCCAAGCAGGACAUGGCCCGCCAGAUCAGAGAAUACCAGGACCUGAUGAAUGUCAAGCUGGCUCUCGAUAUUGAGAUCGCCACCUACAGGAAGCUGUUGGAGGGAGAGGAGGACAGGCUGGCGAACGGCAUCAAGGCGGUCAACAUUUCCCAACAAAGCACAAGUUACAGCGCUUUCCCCAAGGACACAAUGAGGAGCAACUACUCCACCAGCUACUCCAGCAGCGGCUACGGUGGCAGCGGCUACGGCAGCGGCAGCGGCUACGGCAGCGGCAGCGGCUACGGCAGCAACAGCUUCAGCAGCGGCAGCGCCGGGGGCUACAGCACCACCACCCAGAGCAAGAAGAGCGUGGUCAUCAAAACGAUCGAGACCAAGGACGGCAGAGUUGUGUCUGAGUCCUCUGAGCUCAUUCAGGAUUGAGGUCCCAAGGUUUGCGGUGUAGCUACCUGCCUGCUACCAUUUCCUCCGCCUUCCUGGUAGUUUUGUACUCACAGUUCACCCACCUCUACUUUUGUUAUAAGCAAUAAACACUGAAGUAAAAAGCUUGCCAUCCGCUCCCAGAGAAAACACACGAAGCAAUAAUCCGAACACCACCAAAGACCUUAAAGGGACCAAAGACCUCAUGUGAUGCUCGACUGUCCGCACUAACAGUAGUGAGGUUGAACCCGGGCCGAUUUGCAACAACGAAUGAAAAACAUUUGUAAGAACUACACUCCCACACAGUUUACGCAGCUGCAUUCCCACACGUGAGGCGUCGCAUCAGAGGAAUGUGAAUGUACUGAAACGGAGCUGAAGUGUCGGUCAACUAAUGCCUUCAAAUUGCCUGCUGCAGUAGGUAGUGCAUGUUUUUCCUGUGCGUGUUCUGUAACUGAAACUGUUUGACCCCUUAGGAGGCCAACUUUGUCCGACUGUUGUCCUGAGGUGCUGUUUUUGCUACCAAACUGAAUAAAAACGUGUUUACUGAAAGAAAA